AUGGGAAAUUAUGUAGGAAAUAUAAUAAUAUGUGUCCUUGUAGUGCUGUCAAUAGGAGUAAUUUAUGGCACGACACAAAUAGUUAAAUCAUUAACUGAGAAUCAACACGAGUUACUGAAUUCCGGUUCAUACAAUUGGAUUAUCAGGUUGAGUCUUAAUUUGUUAGGAUACACAACUAUUUUAUUACCUGGAUAUUUAGUGUAUAAAUAUGUUAGGCACAGCAAGUACCUGCAGAGAGCUGGAACUGGAGUAAUGUCAAAACUAGUCCAUAGAUGUAUUUCAGGCGGCGGAGAAUCUGGCCUGCUUGAUACAACUGAUUACAUUCCUGCGUCAAAAGCUAGUCAAGAGCAGCGUUUCAUUAAAAAUGAAACAUUUUUAUUAUUAUAUUGUUUUUCAGGUUUACAAAUAAGUUAUUUGACAUGGGGAUACUUCCAGGAAAAAAUAAUGACUCAAGAAUAUGUUAAUUCAAUUGGCGAAAAAGAACACUUUAAAGAUUCGCAAUUUUUAGUAUUUGUAAAUAGAAUUCUCGCUUUUACAAUAUCGGGCUUGUAUUUAAUUAUCAGAAAGCAGCCACGUCAUAUAACGCCACUGUACAAAUAUUCUUAUUGUUCUUUGUCUAAUAUUUUAAGCAGCUGGUGUCAAUAUGAGGCACUUAAGUUUGUUAGUUUUCCUACUCAGGUAUUAGCGAAAGCUUCUAAGAUAAUUCCCGUGAUGAUAAUGGGAAAAUUAGUAUCUCGUAAAACAUACGAGUACUACGAAUACGUGACGGCCAGUUUGAUUUCCCUCGGUAUGACACUAUUCAUGCUGGGAAGCACCGAAACAGUUAAUGAUAAAGUAACAACUAUAUCAGGUGUAAUUUUACUUGCCGGUUACAUGGUACUCGACAGUUUUACAAGCAAUUGGCAAGAAGCAGUUUCUAAAGAAUAUGGACCAACUAGUAUUCAAAUGAUGUGUGGAGUUAAUUUAUUUUCCUGUUUACUUACAGCAACGUCAUUACUCCAACAAUCUGGAUUUACACAUUCUCUCUAUUUUCUUAUCAAGUUCCCAUCUUUUCUGAUAGACUGUCUACUCAUAUCAAUAUGUUCCGCGACCGGACAAUUAUUUUUAUUUUAUACAAUAGCGCAAUUUGGAGCUGUUACAUUUUCAAUUAUCAUGACAAUACGCCAGGGCCUCGCUAUUUUGUUGUCCUGUCUGAUAUAUCAACAUCAAAUAACGAUAUUCGGAAUAAUUGGAAUAUUUAUAGUCUUCGGUUCAAUAUUUUUACGGAAUUAUUGCCGCAACAGGCUGCGAGCGUUGAAAAAGCACCGAGCUGAGAAUAUAAAUAUCAAAGAUUAA